AUGGCGCAUAUAAUUUCCCAGCAAAGUGGCAAUGGAUUUGUGAGCGCCUUCAGUAUUCGCUCAGUACUAGAUUUGCCAUCCACCCAGUCUGAUGGUGAAGGCAACGUGGAAGAUAGUAAUUCCCUCAUAACUGGAAUCGGAGGCGCUUCAGUUACAGAUGAUCAACCAACCAUUUCUGAACGUGUGCAAAAAGGAUGUGCGUUACAUCACAUGCGCGGCCAAAGUGUACGCGGAACCAGUCGGUCCAGUGCGAACAAGUUACCAGUUCGGUCGACAAGGACAACUGGUGAUGAGCAUCGUUGCCAGCAGUUACUGCUCACCUUACCAGAUAACUCACACACAACUUUAACCUUGGAUUUCCCUCCAGACGGUUCGUUGCUUCCAAAGUCCUCACCCUCUUCGCGCUUCCAUCAGACUUGUUCGCAGUCCCAAGCGAACUGUCCACUACCAGCACAUUCAGUUUCGGGCCAGUUAGAUGAGGAGAACUGUGAACCGUUCGGAAAAAAGAUCAACGCAGAGGAGACGGGGAAAGAUGGUACAAAAAGCGCACUCAAGAGCAACGAGAAACCUCCAUUCAGUUACAAUGCUCUUAUCAUGAUGGCUAUCCGUAGCAGUGCAGAAAAGCGCCUCACGCUGAAUGGGAUUUAUGAUUUUAUAACAACGAAUUUUCCGUACUACAAAGACAACAAGCAGGGAUGGCAAAAUUCCAUACGACAUAAUCUAUCGCUAAACAAGUGUUUUGUUAAAGUACCUCGUGCAUACGACGACCCCGGAAAGGGAAACUAUUGGAUGCUGGAUCCUUCUUGUGAAGACGUGUACAUUGGUGGAGCUACGGGGAAACUGAGGCGUCGGACUAGUUCGAUGCAGCGCAAUCGAUUCUUCAGCCUUCGAUUGGCCAGUUAUUAUAGCGCAUUAGCUAAAAACUACCCCUUACUGGGGGGACAACGUAUUCCGGAUUUCUCUCCGACUGAAUCAUAUUAUCCCGGUUUCCCAAUUGCAAUGGAAUCGCACGCAUUUCCACACGUUCAGAGUGUCUGUGCGUCACCCUUCCUACCGGUCCCGCAUAAUUUAGCGUUGUUGGGAUCCUAUGGUUUGCUUACAAACGGUUCGACAUCUGAAUUCUUCGGCCGGCUCGUUCCCGAGUUUCAUCCAUUCUUGUCCACAGUUCCAUCACCAAGCCCUGAUGGUGCGAUCGCAAUUACCAAUCAGCAAACAACUUUCAUCCCUGUCCAGCCUGAUAACCCCCUACGGCGGGCGCAGGAAAUCUGGUCAUCACCAUCUUCAAAGGAGCAUGGUUCGUUUGGUGAACAGGACUGGAUUCCACAUUCAGUGCCGGAGGACCAUAUUUCUACCACCAAUUCUACUCUCAAACGUGGGCCGGAGUCGAUAUGCUCAAAGGAGGCGUCGUUCACGAACCCCAAAGUGGAGGCUGUCCGCUCUUGUGCACAAUCGUUGUACGGGAUCAAGACUUAUCCUGACGAAGGAUGGGCCACUUGUAGAAUCAAACGAAGCAAAUCACACAAAAGUAGCAGCCCCAAACCAGUAGUUCCUUACCCUAUCACGGCGUCGUAUCAGUCAGAAUCCGCUCAAUGCAGAGAUAAGACUCCAACAGUCAGUGAAUUUGCUGCUGAGCAGUUAUGGCUCCGUCUUCUCCAGCCCCAUACAUAG